AUGACCCUUCCAUCACCAACCCACCGCCGCCCCCCACCCCCCUCAGCGCACCCCCCGUCUCUCGACUCCUUAGACUUCCCCUCUCUCUCCCCUCUAGACCCCCUCCCCGCCUCCUCCUCCCCCAUGCUCCGCCCCCACCCCGCCUCUCAAGCCAAUGACAUUCGCCCCAUGCAAGGCUCUGUUCCAGAUUUCGCUGGGGUGCUGCGAAAGCCUUUACCCCCAGGAGCAGCGACUCAGAACGCGUGGGGGGGUGGGUUGCAGGGGGAGAGAAGCGGAGGAGGGGAGGGGAUGGGUGGAGCAGCGCGGAGAGGGGGAGGGGGAGGCGGAGGGGGAGGAGGCGGGGCGGGGGGAGGAGGCGGAGGGGGAGGGGGGUAUGAUUUUGCAGGGAGAGGAGGGGCACAGCCAUGGCUGGAAACUGGCAAUGCUGUUGCCAACCUAUAUGGAGACAUGAGGGAGGAGGCUCGAGACCAUGCGAGAAUACGAAAUGCGUGCUUCGAGCAGGCCACGCAAGCGUACCUAGCGGGCAACAAGGCAGCAGCCAAGGAGCUGAGCGCUCGUGGGCAGUGGCACAACGAGCAGAUGAAGGCAGCCCACGCCAAGGCCAGCGAUGCCAUCUUCAGAACUCGCAAUGCGGCGUCCGGCUAUUUAGGUGGUGGAGGGGCAGGGGAAGGGGGAGAGGCGCGGGUGUUGGACCUGCAUGGGCUGCAUGUGGGGGAGGCGAUACCCAUGCUGAAGCGGGAGAUAGCAGCCAUGAGGAGUGCUGCUCGCUCCACCCAGCAACGACAGCAGGUGUACGUGUGUGUGGGCACGGGGCACCACACCAAGGGCCGAGCGCCCCCGCGCCUGCCACUGGCAGUGGAGCGAUAUUUGGUGGAGGAGGAGCGAGUGCAGUUCAUGGAGACACAACCCGGCAUGCUGCGAGUGGUGGUGUAA